GGGAAAAGUUAAUCGUUGGCAAAGAAAAACUUGCAACACAUACCGUUUAAAUGCUUAAUCGUAUUUUUUUUUCUUCCUUUUCUAUUUAAUAGCGACUGAUUUGUCCUUUGACCCUGUUUUUCCUUUCUUUUAUUUUUACUUUUUUUGGUGCUUCGCUUUGCUUUCUUGGUCUUCAUUUGUAUAUUUUACCAUUACUGACGACACAACAUGAACCUGAUACCAAAGAAAUUCAGACGAUCAGAAGAAGAAAAAGCGGCCAAUACCGAGAUCGUGGUCGAAGAAGGAACCGCUAGUUAUCCUGAAUGGGUUAAAAAGUCGAGUGCUGCAGUUCAAAAUGCAUGUUAUUUCGUGAUUGGACCCUUUGCCAAGGUGUGGCGAUACCUGGAGCGUCGAACCAAUCUCACCUUCUGGAUCAUUUUCGGCAUGGUGCUCGGUAUUAUAGUGGGUCGAUUUGCUCCAGAAUUUGGUAAAGAAAUCAAACCUCUGGGCACUGCGUUUAUCCGAAUGAUUACCAUCAUCGUCACGCCUCUUGUAUUUUCCACCCUGGUGGUGGGUAUUGCAGGUCACGGCGACGAUGUGAGCAAAGUUGGCAAACUUGCUAUCAAGACUAUUAUCUAUUUCGAGGUGGUCACUACAUUUGCCCUUGCCGUUGGUCUGAUCAUGGCAAACCUUAUCAAACCGGGUCAUGGUGUGGUUUUAACAGGAGCUGAUUCCCAGGAAGUCGAUGCGAUGGCUGAAAAAGAAAAAGAAAUCACUUGGUAUGGCGAAAUGUUCAUGAUCAUUCCCGAAAAUUUCUUCAAAGCCGCCGUCGAAGGCAAAGUGUUGGCCAUCGUAUUCUGUGCCGCCAUGUUUGCCUGUGCCAUGAUGAAAGCAGAUAAGAAAUCCAAGAAAUUCAUGCUCCAAAUUAACGAAUCACUUUCCAUGAUCAUGUUCAAAUUCGUGGGCUUGGUAAUGAACUAUGCUCCUAUCGGUAUUGGUGCUUCUCUAGCCGCGACGGUGGGUGAGAACGGGAUUGAUGUGCUUGCCAAUCUCGGCAAAUUGAUUGGAGCCUUGUACGCAUCGCUGGCGAUUUUCGUUGUACUGAUCCUGCUUCCUAUCCUUCUCGUCUGUCGAAUUCCCCUGUUGGGUUUUAUCAAAAGUGUGGGUCAACCUUGGCUUAUUGCUUUCAGCUCGGCUUCCAGUGAAUCCGCCCUACCUAAAGCAUUUGAAAAUAUGCGCGCUUUUGGUUGCACAAAUGCUCUGACCGCUUUUGUCAUUCCCUGUGGUUACUCUUUUAAUCUUGAUGGCACUACCUUGUAUCUUUCGUUGGCGAGCAUUUUCGCCGCUCAGGCUGGAGGCAUGAAUCUGCCUAUUGCCACGCAGCUCUCCAUUAUGGGAACACUGAUGUUAUCCUCUAAGGGUGUGGCUGCUAUCCCACGUGCUUCUCUUGUAGUACUAGCCGGUACUUUGAUGCAGUACGACCUUCCCAAGGAAGCCGUUUCCAUGAUCAUGGGUGUGGAUGCCAUCAUGGAUAUGGCCCGAACUUCGAUCAAUGUCCUUGGCAACUGCCUCGGUUGCUGUGUGAUGUCGCGCAUCGAAGGAUCGUUCCGCGGACAAGAAUGGAAGGAAGAAGAAGAAGAACGUCGCCGACAAAGACUGGAAGAUGAUGAAGAUAAUUUACGUGUUGAUAAUGACCAUGAUGGCGACGCAAACAGUUUGCCAGAGAAGCGUAUGCCUACCGAUAUGGGGCACGGAGCAGCCAUGGGACAACCACUUGAAGUCGUUGUUCAUCAAGACGAUAAAAUAUCCUCCGUCGAUUAUGAUUAUCCUUCUCACCGCUAGCAAGACUGAUUAGGACAAAACUCUUCUUUUUACAUGCUCCGUUUUCUAUCCACUAGGCGCGUGCUGGUUUUCCUUUUAUUUUUAUUUUGUAAUAUAACAUACGGUACAACGCAGUAGCAUUUGUUUUAUAUUCCCAUUAAAAGUUCAAUCGCUUGAUUGUGGCUUCUUUCGUCUUGUACAGCAUGAAAGACUAUUUACAAGUAAUAAUAUUCAAGGACCUGUAACCAUCAAACUUUGCAACUGAAAAGAAAUCGACAUGACAUUACAGCAUGUGUC